CAUCCAAACGUCAUCCCUCAUGUGAUGUCACCAAAGUCAGGACAGGAUAAAAAUCAAUAAUAAUUUAACUUACCAAUACCCGACUCAUUGCUUGCCCCGAUAGUGACCUACUAUUAAUAAUCACAGAAAACAAUGGUGUUUUAACAAAUUCUUCAUAGGUUUUUGUUUGUUUGAGUGCAUAUAGUGUUUUAAGUAGUUUUGAGUUCAUUUUGUUAAUAAUUUUUGCCUCAGUAUUUGUCGGCGACUUGUUGCGUCGUAGUUGUAUUUUUAUAUAAAAUUAUCACAUAAUAUCAUUACAUUUAAUUCAUAUUGCUUUUAAACUAAAAUCAUAUCCGUACAUUAUAAACACUACGCAGGUUUAUUGUACGUAGUUCGCUAAUGGACCCAGUUGACGCCAAUAGUACAACGAACUUAACAGACAUGCCACCAGUAGAAAGAACAUCAGAAACUUCGAAUCUAGUAGCACCGAAUUCAGCAUCGUCACCAAGCUUCUUAAAUCUAGUUAGCAACUUCUGUGCUCUGCUGUUCAAUGCUAUCAUACUUUAUUGCUGUUUUAAAGAUGGUGUUACUUUAUUCUCAUUUCACCCUACCCUGAUGUCUUUAGGGUGGAUCAUACUAAUGUCAUCUGCAAUAAAUGCAAUAACUCCGGGAGAUUUUGCAACUGAAUGGAUGCCGAUUCGUCUCCGUAGUGCACGUCACUGGCUUAUACAAAUGUUAGCUCUCAUUAUUAUACUUACUGGGUUUUUUGUAAUAUUUGCAAACAAAAUUAUCAAUGAGAAAUCACACUUUGUCACCUUACAUGCAAAGUUCGGUAUAGCCUCUUUAGUUUUUAUGUGUAUAACAUCUUUGGGAGGUGUUACUGCUCUUUACAGUUUGAAGCUAAAGGACUACAUUGCACCAAUUUACACAAAACUAUUACAUGCAAGUGCCGGCCUGUUGACCUUUACUUUGGGAAUAAUCACUAUCUUACUUGGUACUUUAUCACGCUGGUGGUCCUUUGGUGAAAUAUUAAGAUAUACAAGUAUGAUUUUGGUACUUUUGGUCAUGUUAUUCACACUACUUCGACCCAGUCUCAAAGUGUAUUUCCGUCUGAAGGAGAGACUUGAAAAUAUGAAUUAAUAUAAAAUGUAUUUCCAUGAUAAAAAAUAACGACUUUGGCAAGGCAAACUGGUAUAUCUGAUUAUAUUUUAAGAAUAUAAUAUGAUUAUUAUAAUGAUGUAAAAGUUUAUUAUAAAUUGUUUACAUUUAUUGUAUGUUAGUAUAUUUCCUAUUAGAAUAGGUGCUAUGUUGAUAAUAAAAAGCUUUACAUGUGUACUAUGCAUAUAGUGAUUAUUGCUUAUAUAGUAGUUUAGUGAAGAUUAAUAUUUUUCUUGAAUAUUUUCCAUACUAUAAUCUAAGUGGCCCAAUCUUAAUAAAAAUCAUAGUUAUCAGUGAAGAAUUACUUUUUAUAUAUAACUGUGUUUACAAAUUAUAGUACAAUAUAAUGUGAUUUAAUUUAAAUAAUCUAUUUUUAGUAUGUAUUUACAAUGGUUUUUUUUGAGAAAUUUUAUGAUACAAGUAUUCCUUUUAAGUAAUCUUAUUUAUAAUUUACAAUACAGGUUUUAUUGUGUAUUAGAUUAUAAGUGUAUUUUGUUUAAAAACAUAUGUUUCAUUUGUAUUGAAACAUUGUUUGUCUUAAUGAUUAUUUCAUGUUAAUGAUCUGGUUGCAAAGCAAUUGAUGAAUUUAAGACUUGUUAUUUUUAUUUUGUUAUAAAAUUGUAUAGAAUAAUACAAGAAAAUAGCGCAAAACUAAAUAUGUGCAAUGUAUACUUAUUUAAUGCCAAAUUAAUGCAAAUAAAUAUAUAAUUUUAAAUAGCGCGAAAUGAAAUAGCUAUUAUAAAUACCUAUUUUAUAUUUCGGAAUUAUAUAACGUGUAGCGAGUUUCGAAAAGAAUAUUCAUGCCUUUUCUACGUAAUUUGAAAUAGUGAUUUGUGCCAAAAAGUAGAUCAUUGUAGUUGUAGGUAUUUAGAAGUACCUACAUAAGUUUAGAUAUGUUCCUUCAAAAUUGUAUUUACCAAAUGUUUAAUAGAAAGCAUGUAUCGUAGUAGAGAACAAGUUAUUAUAUGAAUAUAUGGUGUAUUGAAUC